GCUUCCCUUUCAACUUCAGCGGCUGAAAGAAGUUGCUGACCAAGCGGUGUUGAAUCAAAUAAUUUUUGUAUACAUUGCCUCCCCAUAAACACCACAAGACGGCGUCUAUUGAUUCCCGUCCUCUUCACAGAGGCUCCCCAAUGGCUUCACCCCACAGAAACUCUCCUGUAUCCUUUGCACAUAGCCCUUACCAAAGUGAAAGUGACAGCAGCAUUGCUAGACGACAGUAUCUUUUUGCUGAUGUUGCACACAGCAAGGAUCUGGUCACUGCCCUGAAGUCAUUGCGUGGAGACGAGGACUUGUGUGAUGUAGUACUGAAGGUGGGCAGUACCAGUAUAUCAGCUCACAGAGUUAUCCUGGCUGCAAGUAGUCCAUAUUUCAAAGCUAUGUUUACUGGGAUCAGCGCCUUUGCGGAUCGUCAUAAUUGUACAGAUUUGAUGACGUCCUCCGAAUCGUUUGCCCGAUAUUACUUCCUUGAUGUUGUGCAGAGUGAAGAGUUCAUGGAAAUAUCCUCCAAGCAGCUUACACGACUUUUGCGUGAUGAUACGUUGAACACUCAGUCUGAAGAGAGAGUCUUUGAGGCUGUUUUAGCUUGGAUCAAAUUUGAUUUGGAUGGGAGACAGAAAUUUGCCGCUGAAAUCCUGAGCAAUGUGCGGUUUCCUACGCUGUCACCGGAAUUCUUAAUGGACAGAGUUGCAACAGAGGAAAUUGUUAGAAACAAUAGGGCUUGCAGUGAUCUCCUGCUGGAAGCUGCCGAAUGCCUUCUCCUCCCGAAAAGGAAAUCACAGAUACAUAGUCAUAGAGUUGUGCCCAGGAGACCCACCACAGUAAACCACGUACUGUAUGCUAUUGGUGGAAUGAGCCGCAGAGAGGCCAGUAAAAGUGGGGAAAAGUAUGACCCACGAGAGAGAAAAUGGAAAACUAUCGGUGACAUGAACAUUUGCCGCUGGGGUGCUGCGGUAGGUGCUUUAGGUCCAUUUCUUUACAUCUGUGGUGGCAGCGAUGAUGCAUCGCGACUGGAGACAGUGGAAAGGUUCGAUCCAUUUUCUAAUGUCUGGGUACCGUCUGUCCCAAUGUCGUCCAGUCGUAAUGGUGUUGGUGUAACGGCAGGAAAUGGGAGAAUUUACGCUAUAGGUGGUUUUGAUGGCUCGAUGCCGCUGAACACAGCCGAGUAUUAUGACCCCAAGAAUGGAAAGUGGAUGGAGAUUGCUCGUAUGAACCAGUGUCGGUUUGGUGUGGGGUGUGCUGUAAUGAAUGAUGUGGUGUAUGCUGUUGGAGGCUCCGAUGGAACAAAUCUUAGAACUGUGGAAAGAUAUGAACCAGUCACAAACACAUGGAUGAUGGUCGCAUCCAUGAGUACAGCAAGAAAACAAGUGGGCGUGGCUACUUUAGGAGGAUACCUUUACGCCAUCGGAGGUUGUGAUCACGGUCACAGGUAUGACACAGUGGAGAGAUACGAUCCUGGCAAAGAUGAGUGGGUGCCUGUGGCAUCGAUGAGUACUCCUCGCAGUGGAUGUGGAGUAGGAGUCCUGGACGGCUUUAUUUAUGUGGUUGGAGGAUACGAUGGGACUUCGUAUCUUAGUUCAGUUGAAAGAUACGACCCUUUAUCAAACGAAUGGCACCAAGCACCACCUUUGAGUCAGCCAAGGGACUGUGUGGCAGUUUGUGUGGCAAGCUGUAAAAGGACUUUUCACAAUAAAAGACUUUUUGAUUCGACGUCAGCUAAUGCAAGACCGCAUACAUAAAAACGUUCUUUUAAACCUGGCUUCAGGUACAUUCAAAGAUAAUUGGUGUGUUUUAUCUGACGUUUGUUCCUCACAAACGAAGAACGCCUUGAGUUACGGUCUCAGUGGUGAUGGGAGAGUCAAGUGGUACACAUGAUCGAAGUGCAGGUGUAAUAACAUUAAGUGAAAAAUACAUGGCUCAGAGGAGCUGAGAGAACCACAGACGCAAAAGAAAGAGAAAAUGGAUUAAUUUUAACAGAGAA